GCAUCAGCCUCGUCUGAACUUGUUCCUUAAGGUUGAUGGAUGAGUUCUCUCCCGGGUCAAUACGAGUUUUUUUAUAUUAUAUUUAAUGGAUAUUUGUUUCGACAUCGCGCCAGUUAACAUACAACGACAGGCUAACUGCAUACGGCGGGAAAGCACUCGGACGCACCAAAUGGCUCGGGCGAGCUGGCUACGGCAAUGAUCUGAGGUCAGUUUCUUAAUAUGGAGAACAGAGAGAACAUUGAUUCCAAAAUGAAAACAUUGAAGAGAAAAAGUGAGAAAACACCCCCAUCAUCUCCAGGACCCAGUGUUGUGACCCUGAAGAGUAACUUCUCCAUGGAUCGUCCACCUGAAUUCAGUGAUGGAUCAGUAUUAUCUGAACCUCAAUCAAAGCGUCAGAGAAGAGCUCAUCCAGAACCCAGUGUUGUGUCUAUGAAGAGUGACGACUCCAUGAAUCUUCCACCUGAUCUCAGUGAUGGAUCAGUAUCAUCUGACUCUCUAUCACACAUUAGAUGUAAACAUGAUGUGAAUUUAGACGUGCAACAGGAUUCUCAUCAUGUAUCAGUGGAUGAUGUUCUGCAGAGAGUCAAAGACAAACACAAAAGCAUCAUGAAGAAAAAGUAUGAGAGUUUAUCUGAGGGAAUCAAACAACAAGAGAAUCAAACCCUCCUGAAGAGAAUUUACACACAGCUGUACAUCAUAGAGGGAGAGAGAGAAGGAGUGAAUGAAGAACAUGAGGUUUUACACAUGGAGAGAAAGCCCAGAAGAACACAAGAGUUACAAGACACUCCGAUCUACUGCAAUGACAUCUUUAAACCUCAAUCACAUCAAAGACACAAAAUCAAGAUUGUUCUUACUAAAGGCAUCGCUGGAAUUGGAAAAACCGUCUCUGUGAUGAAGGUCAUUCUGGAUUGGGCCGAAGGAACAGCCAAUCAGGACGUAGAUUUCAUGUUCCUGCUUCCGUUUCGAGAGCUGAACUUAAUUCGAGAGCAUCUCUAUAGUCUUCACAAACUUCUGCUGGACUUUCAUCCUGAACUUCAAGAUCUUGACUCAAAGAUUUAUGAGGAGAGUAAAGUUGUGUUCAUCUUUGAUGGUUUAGAUGAAAGCAGAAUGACUCUGAUGUUUUCAGACCACAGUGAGAAAGUUUCUGAUGUGACUGACACUUCAUCAGUGGCUGUGUUGAUGUCAAACCUCAUGAGAGGAGAUCUGCUUCCCUCCGCUCUCAUCUGGAUCACCUCCAGACCAGCAGCAGCCCAUCAGAUCCCCUCCAAAUACAUCUCUCGUGUGACAGAAAUCCAGGGCUUCAAUGAUGCUCAGAAGGAGGAAUAUUUCAGGAAGAGUAUCAACGACGAGCAUCAAGCCAGCAGAAUCAUGUCACAUAUUAAAAGAGCGAGAAGCCUCCACAUCAUGUGUCACAUACCGGUCUUCUGUUGGAUCUCAUCCACUGUGCUUCAGAAGAUCCUGACACAAGAUCACAGUGAAGAAAUCCCCAAAACUCUGAGUGAAAUGUACAUCCACUUCCUGCUGAUUCAGAUGAAGAUGAAGAAUGAGAAGUAUGAUCAAGAGAGAGAUUCAGAGAAAGAAGUGAUUGUGAAACUGGCUGAAGUGGCUUUUAAACAGCUGAUGAAGGGCAAUGUGAUGUUCUAUAAGGAGGAUCUGAGAGAGUGUGGGAUAGACAUCACUGACGCCGCGCUGUAUUCUGGCAUCUGUACUGAGAUCUUUAAAGAGGAAUCUGUCUUUCAUCAGAGGAAAAUCUACAGCUUCAUACAUCUCAGCUUUCAGGAGUUUCUCGCUGCGCUCUAUGUGUUUUACUGCCAUUUAAUGAAGAAGAACACUGAGGAACUGCAGAUGAUCCUGGGGGAGAAGUGUGACUAUGAUGACAGCAGGUUUGAGGAAAUCUCUUUGUAUAAGCUACUAAAAUCAGCAGUAGAUACAGCUGUUGAGAGUGAAACUGGUCAUCUUGAUCUUUUCCUGAGAUUCCUGCUGGGCAUCUCACUGGAGUCCAAUCAGAGACUCUUACAGGAUCUACUGACACACACUCACAACAGCUCAGAGGACAUCAGAAAAAUUACACACCACAUUAAAGAGAAAAUCAAGGGUAGAAAUAUGAGUGAUGAUGUUGAUGAGGAUGAAAAUGAGGAUGAAGAUGAAGAUGAGGAUGAAGAUGAUGAGGAUGAAGAAGAGGAUUAUGAUGUUGAUGAGGAUGAAGAAGAGGAUUAUGAUGUUGAUGAGGAUGAAGGUGAGGAUUAUGAUGAUGAGGGUGAGGAACGUCUCUCAUCUGAAAGAUCCAUCAAUCUUUUUCUUUGUCUGUCUGAAUUGAAUGAUCAGACUCUGUACAGAGAGAUUGAGGAGUUUGUGAGAUCAGACAAACACUCAAAGAAGAAACUAUCUGUCGCUCACUGUUCAACAAUAGCCUACAUGCUUCAGAUGUCAGAGGAGGUGAUGGAUGAGUUUGAUCUGAAGAAAUACAACACAUCACAGGAGGGCAGAAGAAGACUCAUACCAGCUGUCAUCAACUGCACAAGAGCUCUAUUGUCAGGGUGUAAUCUGACUGAUGAGUGUUGUGAGAGUUUGUCUUCAUGUCUACAAUCAUCAAAGUCUCUGAGAGAGCUGGACCUGAGUAACAAUGAUCUGAAGGAUUCAGGAGUGAUGCUGAUCUCUGAUGCUCUCAAGACUCACAACUGUCAACUACAAACACUGAGAUUGUCGAGGUGUAAUGUGACUGCUGAGUGUUGUGAAAGCUUGUCUUCAUGUCUACAAUCAUCAAAGUCUCUGAGAGAGCUGGACCUGAGUUACAAUGAUCUGAAGGAUUCAGGAGUGAAGCUGAUCUCUGAUGCUCUCAAGACUCACAACUGUCAACUACAAGCACUGAGAUUGUCCGGGUGUAAUCUGACUGAUCAAUGUUGUGAAAGUGUGUCUUCAUGUCUACAAUCAUCGACGUCUCUGAGAGAGCUGGACCUGAGUAACAAUGAUCUGAAGGAUUCAGGAGUGAAGCUGAUCUCUGAUGCUCUCAAGACUCAAAACUGUCAACUACACACACUGAGGUUAUCAGGUUGUAUGGUGUCAGAUGAAGGUUGUUGUUAUUUGGCUUCAGCUCUGAGUUCAAACCCGUCACACCUGAGAGAGCUGGAUCUGAGCUACAAUCACCCACAACACUCAGCACGUCAGCUGCUCUCUGAUAUACUCAAUGAUCCAAACUACACACUCAACAAACUCAAUGUGACUUUUGGAGGAGAGAGAAGAAUCACAGCAGGACCACGCAAGUAUGUCUGUGAUCUCACAUUGGAUCCAAACACAGCAAACACUAAACUCAUACUGUCUGAAGAGAACAGAAAGAUCACACAUGUGAGAGAGCGUCAGUCGUAUCCUGAUCAUCCAGAGAGAUUUGAUGAUGUUCAUCAGGUGUUGUGUGGAAUGAGACUGACUGGACGCUGUUACUGGGAGACUGAAUGGAGCGAAUCAGAUGUUUAUAUAUCUGUGUCAUAUAAAAGCAUCAGAAGGAAAGGGAAGAGUGAUGACAGUAUGUUUGGACACAAUGUAAAAUCAUGGAGUCUGGAGUGCUCUGAUGAUGGAAUCACUGCAUGGCACAAUUAUAAUGAAACUGUCAUUGAUGUCUCUUCAGGUGUGUGUAAGAGAGUAGGAGUGUAUGUUGACAGUUCGGCCGGCACUCUGUCCUUCUACAGCGUCUCUGACACACACACACACUUACACACGUACAACACAACAUUCACUGAGCCUCUCUGUGCUGGAUUUAGUGCGUUAGAGAACUCCUCAGUGUCUCUGUGUGACAUAUACUGCCUCUAUAAGAGCCUCCUGUUAAAAAGAAGAGAGAAACACACAUAACAUGAGUUACUGCACAUAAAUACUGUCAAAUCUUACAUUGUGUACAUUAUGCUUUUUUUAUCUCUCCCUGAUACACAAUAACUGCCAUUAAUGAGUGAAUUUAAAGAUCAUAAGUUUUUCCUAAACUUUAUGUAAUUAUUUGUUAUGUUAAACUCUUGGUCACUAGAUUGUUUCCAUCAGAAAUAAAAGUCUUUGUGCGAGAAAGAACAAUAUUCACGAAUCAUACAUAAAACCUUAAGCUGUUAUUAAAAAAUGAGAAAUCUAGCUGAAGCAACAGUAUCAAUGAGAAAGCCACAUUAAUCACAAUUCUUCAAAAUGAGAAGCUUUAUGACUUCUGAACAUCUGUCUGAUUCUACAAGACCUUUCUACUGAUUAUACAGAGAAAGAAUACUUAUUACAUAAAAUGCACAAAAAUAUAUUGUUCUUGUUCUUAAAACUGCAAGCACUCAUCUCUGGGAAACCCAACUAUUUUUGUUCAACUCUGCAGUCACAUAGAUCGGAUAUCGUGUAGCUUCUGAGUUGAUCUGCUGGUACCCACGGCGAGCCCCUGCUAGUCGGUUAAAAAAUGAGGAUCUAUGUGAUGUUUCCAUGGAGCUUCUUGAGCUGGAUGAUGUUCUCUACAAUAUUGCAGCCUGUUGCAUCGAUACUUAAAUACAGUGUCUAGGAACUUCUAGAACUUAUUCCGUUUUAGUCUCUGUAUCUUCACCUUCACCCAACCAUUUUUAGGCCUCG